AUGUCAGCUUCAAUCAUGAAAAUAAUGGCUACCGUCCUUUUGGCUGUAGCCAUUGUAAAUGCAUCGAAUGUUACUCCACUUUCGAUUAAGCUCUCACUUACCGACACUGAAGGAGAGAUGCAAGUCACCUGGUUCACUUUGGAUUCACCAUCCUCACCAUGUGUCCAAUUCGACAACAAGGGAUUCAACCCAUCCGACGUCACCGGUAACAUCAUCACCGGUAGCACCGUGGAAUUCAACGAGAAACUCUGGUCUGGAUACACCUCCGUCGCCACCAUUUCACCAUUGGCUUCGCAACAAACCUACUACUAUGCAGUCGGUAACAAGGAGACCGGUGUAUGGAGUGAAUUAUACAACUUCACCACCUCAACUUUCCCAAAUACCAACUCACAAGUUACUCCAUUCAGUUUCGUAACAUAUGGUGAUAUGGGUGCAGUUGUCGACAACUCAACCGUCCGUAACAUCGUUAGAUCUUUGGACCAAUUCCAAUUUGUCUUGCAUGUUGGUGAUAUUGCUUAUGCUGAUCUCCAAGAUGGUGAUGAAGGUAAAUAUGGUAACCAAACUGUUUGGAAUGAAUUCUUGGAAGAGAUCACUCCAAUCUCUGCCACUAUUCCAUACAUGACUUGCCCAGGUAACCACGAUAUUUUCGAUGGUGACAAUUCAAACUACCAAAACACCUUCAUGAUGCCAAAGGGAUCCGACGAUGGAGACUGGUACUCAUUCGACUACAAUGGUGUUCACUUUGUUGGAAUUUCCUCAGAGACUGACUAUUCACCAUCAUCAGACCAAAUUACUUGGCUCACCAACGAACUCCAAACCUACCGUAAAUCAAACCCAGAUGGUUGGUUGAUUGUUUUCGCUCAUCGUCCACUCUACUGCACUUCAACCUUUGGAUGGUGCAAGAGUAACGAUAAGGACAGAAUGAAAUUCAUUGCUUCUCUCGAAGAUUUGUUCUACAAAUACAAUGUUAACUUCUUCAUUGGAGGUCACUCACACGAAUACGAAAGAAUGUUACCAGUCUACAAAUCACAAGUCUAUGGUAGCAAUGCCAAUCCACAAGCAACCGUCUAUGUUGUAAUUGGAACUGGUGGUUGUCAAGAAGGUUUGAACUCUGGUUUCCAACCACAACCAGUCUACUCAUCUGGUGUUCGUUUACUCGAAACUGGUUACGCCAAAGUUAGCUUCUUGGAUUCCGAUCACAUGCAAUGGCAAUUCAUUCAAGACCAAACCGACACUGUCUUGGAUUCAGUUGUAAUUGGUAGAGGACAAUGGUAA